ACACGAAUGGCAGCGUCGUACCUAACUCGCUCGAGUAGUUAAUCGACAGCGUUCACGAGCUGAUCUCUAGCACAAUCCUCAGUUUUUAAAUCGAACUGCAGCUGCGUUAUAGAGGUAUUGGCUCGUGCGUUUCCGAUCAAUGUGUGAUGAUCGGUACGGUGAACUUUAGUGAACGUCUGCAAACCGAGGCACUUGUGGCUGUGCUCGUCAGUUGUAAACAUUAAAAAAUCAACACGACCCCUCGGACCAUGGAAGGAGGCAUAGUAGAAAGUUCGGAUACAACUCUAGACAAAUCUGACGAUGAAAUCGCUCUACAAGGAUUCUGCAACCCUAAAAAGUUACCGUUUAGAGUUCUUGGACUGGCAUUGAUGUGCUUAUUAGGCUUUGGUUCAUAUUUUUGCUUUGACAAUCCUGGUGCUUUGCAAGACAAUUUUAAAACUGAUCUGCAGAUGUCAACCAGUAAAUUUGUCUUACUUUAUUCUAUUUAUUCAUGGCCAAAUAUAAUUCUUUGUUUUAUUGGAGGAUUUUUAUUGGAUAGCAUUUUUGGUAUACGCUUUGGAACAGUUAUAUACAUGGGACUUACUUUAAUCGGCCAGAUUAUAUUUGCAACAGGAGCAACAAUUAAUGCUUUCUGGCUUAUGAUGCUUGGUCGAUUCGUUUUUGGUAUCGGUGCAGAAUCAUUGGCUGUUGCUCAAAAUAGUUAUGCUGUAUUGUGGUUCAAGGGAAAAGAACUCAAUAUGGUAUUUGGUUUGCAAUUGAGUUUUGCACGAGUUGGAUCAACAGUGAAUUUUUUAAUCAUGGAACCAAUCUAUAAAUACGUGUCUCAGUAUUACAAUGGUCCACAGUGUAUUGGAAUUGUCCUGUUCCUCGCUGCUCUUACUUGUGUGGGUUCUAUGAUUUGUGCAUGUGUAUUGGCUAUGAUGGAUCGACGGGCAGAGAGAUUAUUAAGAAGAGGGGAGGGAAAAGAAACUGAGACUGUUAGUUUAACAGAUGUUAAAGAUUUUAAGCCUAUAUUCUGGUUAAUAGCUUUCAUCUGCAUUGCUUAUUAUGUUGCAAUAUUUCCAUUUAUCGCCUUAGGAAAGGUAUUUUUCGAACGGAAAUAUGAAUUUGAUGCAUCAAAUGCGAACACAGUGAAUUCUCUUGUGUAUUUGAUAUCAGCUAUUGCAUCCCCCCUUUUGGGAUAUCUUGUUGAUAGAACUGGGAAAAAUGUGUUAUGGGUCAAUGUCAGUAUUUUUGCAACUAUAGUGGCACAUGGAUUACUUGCAUUUACAUAUAUAAAUCCUUAUGUGUGUAUGAUCCUCAUGGGAUUAGCAUACUCCAUGCUUGCAAGUAGUUUAUGGCCAUUAAUUGCUCUUGUUACACCAGAAUAUCAGCUUGGUACCGCUUAUGGAAUUGCUCAAUCUGUACAAAAUCUAGGUUUGGCUAUAGUCGCUAUUGUAGCUGGAAUAAUUGUGGACAGAAGCGGAUAUUUCAUGCUUGAAAUUUUCUUCUUGGGUUGGCUAUGGAUUUCCUUGAUAACCGCUGUUGCAAUUUGGUUACUGGAUACAGCAACAAGCGGUGGUUAUCUAAAUAUGACGCCAGGUCAAAGAGAAAAAUACGAGGAAAUUCGACGUACGCCCGAGAGUCUCGAAAGAGAGAAAUUAUUAUCCCCGGAAUCUACUUCCGAUUUGUCGGCUGAUGAUCUUUUACAGCCACAGUCCGACAUUAGUAUCAGAAAUCGUUAUUUAUCUCGUAUCGGAGCAAUGGUACCUCCUUGUUCGAAAGCAACGAUGCAUCGGCCUUUACGAUGA